AUGGCGUUGCUCGUAGACAAGCAUCGGCCGCGUUCGCUCGACGCGCUGACCUACCACCACGAGCUCUCCGACCGUCUCCGCGCCCUCGCACAAAGCGGCGACUUCCCCCACCUGCUCGUAUACGGACCGUCCGGCGCGGGCAAGAAGACGCGCAUCGUAGCAACGCUCAAAGAACUGUACGGCGCAGGCGUGGAGAAGAUCAAAAUCGACAGCCGCGUCUUCCAAACGUCGUCGAACCGCAAGCUCGAGUUCAACAUCGUCGCGUCCAACUACCACCUGGAGAUCACGCCGUCGGAUGUGGGCAACUACGAUCGCGUCGUCGUGCAGGAUCUGCUGAAGGAGGUCGCGCAGACGCAGCAGGUCGACCUGGCGGCGAAACAACGGUUCAAGGUCGUCGUCGUCAAUGAGGCGGACCAUUUGACGAGGGAUGCGCAGGCCGCGCUGAGGAGGACGAUGGAGAAGUACAGCCCGAACCUGAGGUUGAUCCUCUUGGCGGAGAGUACGAGCAACAUCAUUGCACCCAUCAGGAGUAGGACGCUUCUUGUGAGAGUGGCGGCGCCGGCGGAAGAGGAUAUUGUGGACGCGUUGAAGGUGGCAGGGAAGAAGGAAGGUUGGAAGGAGAAUGAGGAACUGAACAAGAAGAUUGCGAGGGAGUGCGGUAGGAACUUGAGGAAAGCGUUGCUGAUGUUUGAGGCGGUUCAUGCGCAGAACGAAAACGUCACGGAGAACACACCGAUCCCUCCGCCAGACUGGGAAGUACUCAUUGGUGAGAUUGCGAAAGAUAUUGUUGAGGAGCGCUCGCCCGCACGUAUUAUGCAGGUUCGCGCGAAACUUUACGACCUGCUUACCCACUGCAUCCCGCCAACUACAAUCAUCAAGACACUUACGUGGAAGCUGAUCCCCCUUUGCGACGACGAGCUGCGGGCGGACGUGGUCAAGUGGAGCGCGUUCUACGAGCACAGGAUAAAAAUGGGAAGCAAAGUCAUAUUCCAUCUGGAGGGAUUUGUUGCUAAGUUCAUGCGUUUAUACGAAAGCCACCUCAUGGAGAAGCAUGGGUUCCUGCACAAAAUGGCUGGGCACUCGGGGGAUGGCGUUACACAUGGGCAUCACAUCAUCAUGGAUAGGAAUCACUACUACUUUGCUGCCGUUGACCCUUCGAAGCGAAUCUUCCUUAUCCAGAGCACCGACAUCCUGUGUUAUAUCACCAUAAGGAAACCACCGCAGACACAACUUGAUGGCGAGACGAUCACAAAAUUUGAGCCCUACCAUGGAGAGUCAGAUAUGGCCUGA